AAUUAAUAUAGAUUUUAUACUUCCGGUAUAAGCUAAACAAGGGGCCACAGUAAAGCAUUCCACCAGAUUACAUGGUAAAGUAAGAUGUCAGACCCAUUGAAUGAUGUCCAGGCUGUCAAAAGUCGACAUGGCAACCUUCGUGCGAAAAUGGCAGCACGGAGAAAACAACGAGAAGGUCUGGAAGCGGAAAUCACAAACAUUACUUCACCAACCGUGCAGCCGGCGACCUCAUCGUCAAAUUCAGCUACAUCCAAGCCUGAAGUGAAGCCUUCCUUGGUAGCAGGUCAGUGUGGAAAAUCUCCAGACAGUACUCCUAUCCAACAAUCUGUGAAACCAGAUUCCACUAAGGAAACAGAAACAGUACAGAAAGCUGAUCCUGAGAUCGAGAAACGUGUCCGAAUGAUGCUCUGUGACAUCAGCUUAGAUAUUCCAUGUAAUUCUGCUGUCAUUGUUGACCAAAUAUCUCGUCUGAUGGGCAGGGAUGUCCAGCUAGCAGUUAUUGAAGAUGUGCUCAGGAAGUUUGCUUCACAACACAUGAUCAGUAUCACAUCUGUAGAUCAGGUUGGAUCAGACAAGAGUAGACUUCUAGUCAACAAACUUGACAUCUCCAAGUUAUCAGCGAUAAAGGGGGAAGAAGUCAAGAGCAAGAAGCGAGCCAGAGACAGUGAUGGAGAUGAAGGCAUAGAACCAGCAGCUAAACACCCAAAACAUAAGGAAGUUAAAGAGGACACAAGUAUUGAGGGUCUACUGUCCAUGCAGUCAGCAAAAGAGAAAGAAAACAAGAAAUUAAAUGAGGAAAUCUUGGAUCUGUUAACGAAGCCUACAGCAAAGGAACAAAGUUUAGUGAAGAGGUUCAAAUCUCAGGGUGGUGCCCAGUUAAAGGAGUUCUGUCAGUACGGAACACGAGAGGAGUGUAAAAAACUGGGCGAGACCAAAGAACAGUGUAGGAAGUUACAUUUCAGGAAAAUCAUCCACAAACACACGGACGAGUCCUUGGGUGAUUGUUCUUUCUUGAAUACCUGUUUCCACAUGGAUACCUGUAAGUAUGUCCACUAUGAGAUAGAUUACCCAGCAGUCAGUACAACAGAAGCAAUGAAGAAAGAAGCACUAGCGAUGGCCAAGAAGGGACUGGAGUCUGGAGAUGUGCUGUAUCCACCACAGUGGGUGCAGUGUGACCUGAGGUUUUUUGAUAUGACUGUCCUGGGUAAGUGUGCUGUAGUGAUGGCUGACCCGCCCUGGGAUAUCCACAUGGAACUUCCGUAUGGUACCAUGUCUGAUGAUGAGAUGAGGAAACUAGAUGUCCCCGGUCUCCAGGACGAUGGAUUCAUCUUCCUCUGGGUUACCGGCAGAGCUAUGGAGCUGGGAAGAGAAUGCCUCGACUUGUGGGGAUACAAACGUGUUGAUGAGGUGAUUUGGGUGAAAACAAACCAGCUACAGAGAAUCAUCCGGACAGGACGGACAGGUCACUGGCUCAACCAUGGAAAGGAACAUUGUCUGGUGGGAGUGAAGGGCAAUCCACAGGGAGCUAACCGAGGACUGGAUUGUGAUGUCAUCGUAGCCGAGGUACGUGCGACAAGUCACAAACCAGAUGAGAUAUAUGGUAUCAUAGAAAGACUGUCCCCAGGAACAAGGAAGGUGGAACUGUUUGGAAGGCCACAUAACGUACAGCCAAACUGGAUUACACUGGGAAAUCAGGUGGAGGGAGUGAGACUGAAGGAUCCUGAUGUUGUCAAACUGUUCCGCAACAGGUAUCCUGAUGGCAACUGCCUAACCCCUAAAGGCAAAUGAGGACUUUAAAUCAGGACUCUGAAGGAUAAAAUUAGCAUUGCCCAAAAGUCAGGAGAAGUAAUGAGGGGCCAUACAAAAAUGCAACAUGUCCAAAAAGAGAAUAUUUCUUCAUAGUUUCUUAUCAACUCUGCCCAAAGUGUGAACCUUAUGUGAAGCCUUCUAUACAGGUUCUGUAGGGAUUUGUAUUGUCCAAUGCCAAACCCGGAAAGGCCUUCGGGAUAACUUGUGAUAUCAUCAUAGGCAAUGAGAACUUUCAGUGGAGCAAUCAAUGCUUAUAAAGAAGGUCAGACUGAAAUAUUAUCAGCGUUUUGGGAGCUUUGCUAUGUGGUGAACAGAAAGGGUCAAUAUCCUGAAACUGUGACUUAUGUGAUUUUACUUAGAUGCAUUACACAUCUAAAAAUAAAUGACAUUGGAGUUUGGAGAUGUUAAUUGGGUGAUGAGGUGCCCUGACUGUCUCUGGCUAGAUCAUGUUGAUACUUCAAGAAGUUGUCACCUAUGGUCCAAGGAUGCUUCUCAAUUUUAAGCUAAGAUCAAAGGUCCUGGAGCAUAGACAACUUAAGUAGAUGCCCAGGUCGUAACUGUAUCGUUUGAACGUAAAACCCUUAACGGAAACCAAUUGACCAUAAAAUUUCAGUGAGUGCACAGGCACUCGCCUCGUCUGUCAAUACUCCCUAUACACCCUAUACACAAUCUCGUAUUGACAGUCAAGGCGAGUGCCUGUGGUGAGAAUAUCUUUUCCUUAUCUUAUCUCCUUGUAUGCUUUCCAUUGGAGGCUACAGGUUUAUCCAUACCCAUCAUAGCAAGAGAAGUUCAGGCCAUUGUUAAGUGAGAAUGUGUUGUUGAUGAUAUUUUGUUAAUGAGUGUUGUGUGUCUGUGAUGACAAGCGGGAAUGUAUUCAAAAAUAGUGAAAUAAAAAUUUACAUCAUGCUGAA